GCCGCCUCCACUAAACCGGCGGCCAAACCUCCCCCCAAAGCUGGGUCCGCCAAACCUGCGGACGCCAAAGCCGCCGACCCCAAAGCCGCCGCCGGGGCGCCCAAACCCAGGGAGUCAAAAAAGAUCAAGGACGAUGAAUCAUCAUCAUCAUCAGAAGACCGGCCAAAGCCGAAGUCGGUGCAGCCCAAGCAUGAAGUGGGGACGAGGAAAGGCUGUCGCCGCUACCGGUGGGAACUCAAGGACAGCAACAAAGAGUUCUGGAUCAUGGGGCACGCCGAGGUCAAGAUCCUGAGUCUGGGCUGCCUCAUAGCGGCGCUGAUCCUGUUCAACGCCACCACCUCGCACCCGCUCCUGACGCUCAUCGUCACCAUGGAGCUGUCCAUUUUCGCCUUCUUCAUCAUCCUCUACAGCUUCGCCAUCCAAAGAUACAUGCCCUUCAUCCUGUGGCCCGUGUCUGACCUCCUUAACGACCUGUUUGCCUGCGGGUUCCUCGUGGGAGCGGCUGUCUUCGCCGUGAGAAGCCGGAAGACCAUGCCCGUGCAGUACUUCGUCGCCGUGGUCCUUUGCGGACUGGCUGGAUUUUUUGCUUUAAUCGAUAUGUGUCUUCAAAGAAAUCACUUCAAAGGCAAGAAGAUCAAGAAGAACAUACUGGUCCCCCCGCCAGGAAAGGAUAAACCACCAGAGCCAGGCAAGGGAAAGGAACCAGAGAAAAAAGAUACAGAGAAAAAAGAACCAGAGAAGCCCAAGGAAGCAGACAAGGGAAAGGAAAAGGAAACAGUGAAGGGGAAGGGAAAGAAAUGACGGAGACCCCCGUCCUCAGAAACGGCAGCGUGUUUCACAGCACAACGGAUUUCCGCUGUCUUCCUUCCGGAAUGACUUUCUUUUCCAGUUUAAUGACCACCUUUGUUUGCAAUGGAAGUUUCUCUUUAAAUGGAUUUAAAACCUAAA